CUUGACCAACUUGCAGCAGUAUCCAAGCUGUGACUUUGUGACAAUCGUUUCAAUACGCAGUGAUAUAACAUUCGUCCUAUAUUCCGUUAUGUAUCAAACCGUGUACUUGACAUCAAUGUCGCUGUUUGCUAGUUAUAGAGUAUGUUGUAUCUAGCACUAGUCAUACAAUGCCGCAAGCUUGAUUUAAGCUUCAAUUAAGAAAAUCUGUGUGAUUAGUUUUUCAACCAGGAUGUCAGGAUAUCAAGAAAGUUUCUGUAACUUGCUUGACUUAAACAGCUCCAGUCUAAUGGAUGAAUCGGUGUGUCCGUCCAUCGAGGAGUCGAGUUACACUAGAUACGAGCAAACUACUUCAGAGCACACGCAAUUUCCUGUAGAAGACUAUCCCUCGUGUGCAUAUUUGUCCAAACAACAUCCUUAUUCUCAUCAUGGUAACCAAUCUGACGUCAUGCACAACUAUUCUGGGACAAUGUCCGAAUAUUCUAACCUGGAGGAGCGCUCUGCACUGCCCGAGGCAGACGAUGACCGAGUCUAUGAAUAUUAUGAACAGGGGAGCUCAUUUGGUUAUCAAGACCCUCACGAUGCAACCAAUUCUUACUGCUCUUUCCAAUACGGUGGCGUACCUCGGGCUGCAGCCAAUGUCAGGGAAAGAAAGAGAAUGAUGAGCAUCAACGGAGCCUUCGAGGAGCUACGCCUGCACGUGCCGACAUUUCCUUUUGAGAAAAGACUUUCCAAGAUUGACACGCUGCGACUCGCUAUCGCCUACAUUGCCUUGCUGAGAGACAUUCUUGUAUCAGGGACAGAUCCAUUGGAGUUCGUGGAGGCCAGUAUACACGGCCGGAAAGAAAAUCACUCUGAAUGGAAUACUAGCGAUUUAAUGUCCAGACUUUCGUGGGUUCGAUGGGAAAAUCUUGGAGCCAGAAGAUAUGGAGCAUACUCUUCUUCACAGCCUGGUCACCGGAAACACCCUCACAGUGGCGAGUAGAGGCGGGAUCAUAAUGGAGGACUUAACACUAACAUUUACAGAGUGAAAGAAAUUUUUUUUAAAAUCUAACAACACAAGUUUCAUACUUUACCAUGAGAUAUUUGAGAAUAUAUGUAGAGUCCACUCUAAGUGAUGACAAGGAAUUCGGGUGUUGUUAGAUUUAGUACAGUCGCAGUUGGCAUAGGAUGUAUUUCUUAUUGCAAAUAAUUAUGUAAUAUAAAAAAAAAUAAGGACUGUAAUUCAUUUAUAUAAGUAUCGACGGAGAUGAACAUUUGAGUUUAUGUAGAUUUCAAUGUCUUCAAACUUGUAGAAAAUGUUGACCAAAAAAACAACAACUCUGCAAUGGAAUCAAAACGAAUGUAGGAAAAAAAAAAGAAGUGUAGUAGGAUCUUUAAGUUUAAAAAGAAAUGCAGGCCACAUCUUUUGUGAUGAGAUUGAAGAGAUAUAAAAAAAAAUCAUUUCAUUAAGUCAUGUCUGUGUAGUAUAGAACUAAAUGUCAUUGUACUCAAUGUGACAUGUACGUGUAUAGAUACACCUCAUUUAACUGCAUUCCUUGUAGAGACUUGUGGUUAGAUCUUAUAUAUCUUGUGUGUUGACUAUUUGAGAAUGCCUUGCACAGCAUUAUACACAUGUCGAGGAAGUUGACUCUCUGACAGCAAAGUAAACGUAAGCAUCUUCUUUUAAAGUAAUGUUUGUAUUAAAUAAGAGAAGCAUGUCCAGCACAUUGUAGCUGGCACCUCACUUUAAAUUUCACAUGAUCUUUAGAAACCAGAUGUCCUCCUUCGUGAUGGCGGGGUGCUCGCCUGACUGGUAAAUAUCCGAAAACAAUAUAAAGCCCAAAACUUCAAAACAAAAAAAAGUGUUAAUUAAUGCGAGAGAGAGAGAGAGAAAGAAAAAAGAGAGAGAGAGAGGUAGUGGGAAGGGUUACUUCAAACUAAACAAUGGGCAGAGAAGUAGAGGAGAAGUUGAUGAUACAACUUUGAGGAGAAUAAAAUUUAAGAAGAAAAAUGUAAAAACGUUGACCUUAAACUCCAGACCAGUGGAGCGGCCAGAUCUGUAAAGGGGGGAGCAUAAUGCAGUGAAUCAAACAUUGAUUUACCGGCAUUUUCAAAUUAAAACUGUCAUCUGUUGUGUUUUUUAAUAUUUCGUUCACAUGUUUUAAUGAGCCAUGGUCCACUGAUUCACAGAUUUGAAAAGUAAAUACACACUUGACAAACCUCCCAAUGAAGUGUUAUUAAGUUAUUUCCUUAUUGUAGAUAAAUAUAUUGUAGCAUAUCCGGCCUAUGCGAUUGUUCCGUAUGUAGAAGCUGCAUAUUAUUAAAUGUUCUAUUCAAGAAAUAAUCAAUGGUUUUACAUACGACUUUUACCACAAGAUGGCAAAGUGUAUUCACAUUCAUAUAUAUUAAAGUUUCUGUAGCAGAAAGAAAAAGUAUUGAAUGGUAGGUAACUUAUAUGUAUGUAACUUUUCAGUCUGGUAGUGGUUUGAAUAAGGCUUUGGUUCAUUAAAUCAUUAAGUGCAAACCUUUUUCUUUCAUUUUAAGCUUGACUUUGAAAAACAAAUGUUGCAGGUGAAGAGUUGGAACCAUGUGACAUACACACACAACAGAAUGCACAGAUGUCUUUAAUUAAACAAACAAAAAAUUGUCACAUCUGACAUCUUCUACUGGAUUGCAGAGUACGCAUGUAAACCAGCCUACAAAACUUCCAAUGAUAUUUAGUGAUCAGCACUUUGUGUUUAUCUUGUUCCGCAUCAUAUGUUCCACGUUACUUGUGAACGUUUGAUGUUACGAAGUUAUCGUUAUCUUUACAUUUUUGAAAUAUGGUGGAUUACUUGAAUAAUAGUAAUAUUUUUAAAGAUAUUUCUGAUACUAACAUAGUAGCUUUUGUACAAGAUUGUUCUUGUUAUCAGUAUUGAUUGAUUCUAUUUAUAACAGACUU